UAGCUGGAGGUAUGCUGCUCAUCUUGGUCACCGGUGCGUUAGCGGCUAGUGAUCGAAAAUGGACAACUGAUGAAGGGAUUCAGAUCGAAAUCAUCAAGAAAAUUCCAGAUUCAAAAUGCCAAAUUCGCUCCGAAGCCGGCGACACACUGGAACAGUUUUAUAAGCUGUCAGAUAAAGAUGGAAAAGUCAUUGGAAGCAAUUUUGGCCAAAAACCGU